AUGGAACGCUCAAAUCCGGAAGGGAAACCAAAUAGCACAGUGAUCAAUGCUAGUGAAGGCAAUGAUGAAUUGAAUGACGAUGGCGUUGUUAAUCAAGAGGGUUCCUUGGUCGACGAAAUCACCGACGUCAUGGUGAUGAGAAAUGAUGAGUUGGAUUUAAGACACGAGUUGCCGGAUCAUAGUGGGCUCAGUGAAGCGGAAAUUCCAGUCAUAGGAAUGAGUUUUGAUUCGCUGCCUUUGGCACAGGAGUUUUAUGCAAAUUAUGCAAAGAAAUUGGGGUUUGUAACUAAAGUCAGGAAUACGAACUUUGACAAGACGCGGAAGGACGCAAAGAUACCCAUUAAUCAAUCUCUUCACUGCACUCGAGAGGGUUAUCGAGAAUCUCAUGUUAAGGUAGCAACUCGGUCAAACAGAAUAACAGCCACGAGAUGCAAAGCAAGAAUGUAUGUCAUGCUGGACAGGGAGAAGGAAUCUGAGAAAGCUGUCCACUAUCAUGAGUACCGGGAGCUGACCAAGCAUGCCAAGUACGUCAUUACAGAUAACGACGAGGCUGGCAUAAGACCCAACAAGACGUAUCUAGCACUGGCAAACGAAGUUGGUGGGCCUUCAAAACUGAGUUUCUCAGAAAAGGAUGUCAAAAAUUACAUCACACGUAAUCUCCGAUGCUCCGAUGACAAUGAGGACUUCCAAGGGAUGAUGAAUUAUUUCGUUCGAAUGAAGGAGAUCAAUCCCAACUUCUUUUAUGCCAUAGAUGUUGAUGAUGAUAAUAAAUUUAAGAGUGCACUCUGGGUAGAUGCAAGGUGCAGGGCUUCGUAUGAAUAUUACGGAGAUGUGGUGUCGUUUGACACCACAUACAGAAGAAACAGGCAUGGUCUACCAUUUGCAUCCUUUAUCGGUGUAAACCACCAUGGGAAGUCUACUCUUCUUGGCUGUGCUUUACUAGGCAAUGAGGAGAUCCCUAGUUUCGAGUGGGUGUUCACGCAGUGGGUGAGAUGCAUUGGGACUGCGCCAAAGGGGAUCAUCACUGACCAGUGCAAGGCAAUGGCUGGUGCUAUAAGGAAGGUCCUACCUGAUACUGUCCACAGAUGGUGCAUUUGGCACAUAAUGAAGAAAACACAAUUCAAGCUCGGUGGCUACACUAGGUACGGAGAAUUGAGUGCAAUGAUGAAUCACAUUGUGUAUAACUCUCCUUCGAGUGAAUCGUUUGAAGUUGAUUGGGCUGCUUUCAUCAAAGAAUUUGCGUUAGGCCAGAACAGAUGGUUAGCAGGUCCGUGA